CUGGUCAAUAGAAAACAGACAACCGCAGACAACGGUCUGCUGGACAAGAGAAUGCUUCAAUUCAGGGAGUACGCUAUUGCCAUCACGACGUUGUUAACUUCUCUCAUAUUCAGUGAUACACCUGGUGAUCCCGAGGGAUACGUCCGAGAUGCAACGAACAUUAAAACCUCCUAUGAUUUUAUUAUCAUCGGAGCGGGUUCCGCUGGGUCCGUGAUUGCCAAUCGACUUUCAGAGGUAGCUGAUUGGAAUAUUUUAUUGCUGGAAGCGGGAGGUGAUGAGAGCAUGGCUGGACAAAUUCCAAUCUUUGCAGCUAGCUUGCAGUUGACGAAUAAAGAUUGGCAGUACAAAACCACACCUCAGAAAAAUGCGUGCCUGAAAAAUCUUAAUCAACAAUGUCUCUGGCCUCGGGGUAAGAUGUUGGGUGGUAGUUCUUCCAUCAAUUACAUGUUGUACGUUCGAGGCAACAAAAAGGACUACGACGACUGGAGGGAUGUUUACGGAUGUGACGGCUGGGGAUACGACGAUGUUUUACCAUAUUUUAUCAAAUCGGAAGACAAUCAAAAUCCGUACCUGGCCGGAACUAAAUAUCACGGCAAAGGCGGAUAUUUGACAGUCGGCGAACCUGGCUUCCGUUCGCCAUUGGCUGCUGCAUUCAUCCAAGGUGGAGUGGAAAUGGGAUACGAAAAUCGCGAUUACAAUGGAGAAUUUCAAACAGGUUUCAUGUUUUCUCAGGGAACAAUCCGCCGCGGAAGUCGUUGCUCGACUUCGAAAGCUUUUCUACGGCCAGUCCGCAAUCGACCGAAUCUUCACAUCUCAAUGAAUUCGCAAGUUAUUAAAAUCAUGAUCGAUCCUGAUACGAAAACAGCGACGGGAGUUCAAUUUGAAAAGAAUGGCAGAAUGUACUUUGUUGAGGCGACUAAAGAAGUUGUUCUUUCCGCUGGGGCGGUUGCAUCACCACAAAUUCUCAUGUUGAGCGGAGUUGGCCCAAAAGAUCAUCUGGAAGAGAAAGGCAUCCCCCUAAUAUUGGAUAAACCCAAAGUUGGUGAAAACCUGCACGAUCACGUUGGACUUAUUGGAAUGGUCUUCCUUAUUGAUAAGCCAUACUCUCAAAUAUCAGCAUCAAGAAUUAUGAAUCUUCCGGUGCUUCUCAAUUAUACUCUAUUUGGAGGAAGUGCCAUGUCUACGUUGGGCGGAGUAGAAGGAGUUGCUUUCGUCAAAUCGAAGCUAGAAACAGAUACGGGCGAUUAUCCUGAUAUCCAAAUGCAUUUCGGCUCUGGUAGUGAUAUCUCUGAUGAUGGCGUAGGUAUUCGGUAUGCUCACGGCACUACGGAUGAAGUUUGGAACAAGUACUACAAGCCAAUAGUUAACCGAGACAGCUGGACUAUCUUCCCGUACUUUUUGCGGCCAAAGUCUCGAGGAAACAUUCGGCUGGCUUCAAACGAUCCUUACGACAAACCCCUCAUCAAUCCAAAUUAUUUUUCGGAUGACAGCGACUACGAUAUAAAAGUGACCGUCGAAUCCGUCAAGUUCUCUAUAGCCCUUAGCAAAACGGAAGCCUUUCAAAAAAUGGGUUCCAGGCUCUACGAUAUGCCUUACCCCGGAUGCGAAGAUAAACCACUUUGGACGGACGAAUAUUGGGCGUGCUGGAUCAAAUCGUCCAGUUUCACCUUGGCACAUACAGUGGGCACUUGUAGAAUGGGGGCCGCCACUGAUGAGAAGGCCGUUGUCGAUCCUGAAUUGAAAUUCAUUGGCAUCAAGAACCUUCGUGUAGCUGAUACAUCCGUUAUGCCGGCAGUACCCAGUGGAAAUUCUAACGCCGCAACGAUAAUGGUCGGAGAAAAGGCUUCGGACCUUAUCAAGAAAACUUGGUUGUAAAAUUUUUCCGGUGAAUCAUCAAUUAUUUAUUUGCUUCUAUUUAUGUUGUCUUAUCCAUAUAUUGCAAUGCAGUUUUUUAUAUCAUGAUUCAUGAUUCAAUUCAUGACACAAUUAUUUAACUGCAAUUUCAUAACAACUUGUUUCAAAUUACACACUUAUCUGCUACCUUC